AUGCCCGCAUCGCAAACUGGAUUUGGCAACUUCUUCUUGGAGAGGAACAUCAUGCCGACUGGAUAUCAGAUCCCGGUGCUGGGAUGCCCACCGGGUGUGCAACAGCAGCAGCAGGCUCAGCAUCUGGCAGCCAUGGCAGCUGGGGUUCCCAUAACAUACUCAGGACUACAGGGAUACAACUUUAUCCCAUAUCCGCACCACAGGCACAUCGCACACAUGAACAACGGUUUCGACCUGAAGGCCGCAUCUCCCUACCAUCACGCGCUCCUGGCUCGCGGGGGGGCUUUCUACCCGCCCUACCGUCCGGGAGCUGCCGAGGAUCCCGGUAGGGUCACCAAGGUGGCCACUCGAGAGAGCACCGGGGCACUCAAGGCCUGGCUGAACGAGCACCUGAAGAACCCGUAUCCGACCAAGGGCGAGAAGAUCAUGCUCGCCAUCAUCACUAAAAUGAGCCUCACGCAGGUCUCCACUUGGUUCGCCAACGCAAGGCGACGCCUGAAGAAGGAGAACAGGGUCAGCUGGGCGUCGAAGGGGAAAUCAGAUGAGGAGGAGGAUGAGGAGCAGGAGGGAGACAGCGACGAUGACGACAGCCCCCUGCAGAAAUGUCAUUUGGACGAGCGGGAUGAGACAGAGCAUGAUACCGACCGCGCAGACACCCACGAGCGCGUCCAGAGCGCGUUGGAAAGCUCGGCACCUGUGGAUGCGCGUCUGGAGAUGCCGCAGCAGCCAAGCAGCCAGCAGAAAGACGGAGCGCUUGCACUUGUCAAGAAAGUUGAAAAGAGUGACUCUGAUCACACCCCAUCCGCUUUGGAAAGUAAAGAAAAUUGUCAAAAACCCAAAAUCUGGUCUUUGGCAGAAACCGCCACCUCAGAGACCGUGAAGAAACCUCUGGACAGUAUUUAUCACCCGGCCGGAAAACUGUGGGCUGACUGGGCUUCAAGAAGCGGACUGUUUGUUCCCUCGUGUUACACCACUCGUGAAAUUGUCUAA